UCCACUUGUGUUCAGAAAUACGUUGAAUUGCAUUGCAAAAAAAGAAGAACUGCUUUUACUUGAAGAUAGGAGUGGAACAAGUGGGUGGACACACAAUUCAAUAAGGAUAAAACAAUUUUAAUUUUAGAAAUAUCAAUUUUGUUUGACUAUAAAUAGCAUGCAUAUGAUACAAUCUCUUUACAAAAAAACUUCAUCUUUCUCUCUUUAAAAUUUUCUUUCUUUGUUAUUUGUAAAACGUGUUCUAAAACGUGUUUUUCAGCAUUCUCCUUUCCACUAUUUAUUAAGGAAUGUCUAACCGGAGACAAAAUGCAAAUUCUUCUACGCAUGGUGAUACAAAUCUUCCUACCGAAACAGCAUUGCGGAAAGGAGCUAAUUUCGAAUGGACUCCUAGUAGUCUUUAUCGAUUGCUUGAGUUAUAUGAUGAAGCUGUUAAAAUGAACAAUUAUCGUAUAAAAGACCCUACAUCUUUUGCCAAACAGUUUAUGGUUGAAAAAUUUAACGAAGAGUUCGGUUUAGAUAUAAACUAUAAGUUUUUCAAAGAAAAACUCGAUACCUUGAAAAAGAAGUACAAGAAGUAUCGAGAGCUUCUAACUUCAACUGGUAUCUUGGUUGAUCCUAUUACUUCUGAGAUUGAUGCAUCUGACUCAUGGUGGAAAGAUCGUGAAGCAUGUAAGAUUGUACAUGCAUUUAGAUGAAAACCGCCACACGGGUGGGAAAUCAUGGAACGUUGUUUCAAAUUAUACAAUGUCCAAUCACAAUCCCAAUAUUUUGUCAACCAAAGAAGAGAAGAAAUGAUGAAUCAAAGCGCCACUAAUAAUGAAGAUCAGUUGUACCAAGAAACCUUUGGUGGUGAAAUGUCAGACAAUGAAGAGCCAGAGAUGCAAGAAAAUGAAGAAGUGUAUCGUGUUAAUAUAAAUAAUGACACACGUCCUUCCAAUGAGUUCACUCGUACCCAUCUGCGUCAUAGUUCUGCAGCGGGUGAUCCGAUUCAAAUUCCUGGUUCAAGAGUUCAACAACAAGGCAGAGGAAGACGAGGAAGUUCUUCACAAAGAUCAUCGAUACCUUCACGAGUUAUACAUGGAAGUGGUUCAAGAGGAAGUAAAAAAAGAUAGUCAUUUGAGACCACCCUCACAGAUACAAUGACUGGAUUUAGGGAGUUUCAACGUCAAAAUUUACAACAACUACGCCAAAAUCCGUUUGACCAAGACGACUAUGACAAUUUUGAUGCGACUGUGAAGAUAUUUGAAUCGAUGGAGCUACCGAAUGACACAAAAUUCUAUUGGGCGUGCAUUAACGAAUUUAGAGAAGAUGCAUUCUGGCGAAAGUAUUUUAUUGAUAGAGCUGAAAGUACUUUCGAAGAGAAGAUACAAUUUCUACAAGCAUAAUAGAAUUAUGUUUUACUUUUAAUUCAAUGUAAUUUUGUUAUAUUCAAGUUAUAUUUUGAAUAAGAAUUUAUAUUCAAAUUAUAAGUUAAAAAUAUAAUAGAAUUAUGUUUUACUUUUAAUUCAAUGUAAUUUUGUUCUAUUAGAGGUACAAAACAUAAUAUAAAUUAUGUUUCUAAUUCCAUCUAACAGUUUUAUUAAUGAAUGAAAACACUGUAUAAGCUUGUUGUAAAAGAAAAGACUAUAUAAAUUUUAUUUCCCAUAGUGUAUCAUAAUUCUAUUAAAUAAUUAAGUUUAUCAGAUCCUAUAUUUUGAUUUUUUCAUUUAUAAAGUAUUUUUAAAAAUAAGUUCUUUCAAUAAUGAAAAUAAGUAGUAUUAUAAAAUUUAUGUAAAUUAAUUUAAAUUUAAACAGUACUUUGAACCACUUUUUAUCCAUUUUCACCAUUCAUACAUAAGUUUAGAAUCGCUACAUCCGCUAGAUCCGCACUUGAACCGCUAGAUCCGCUUGAACCAUUCUUGUUCCGCUCGAUCCACUUGAUUUGAUCCGCUAGAUCCGCAACGCUUGAUCCGCUUUUCCCAUUCGAAACCUAUAUGAGUAAUGCACACACAUGUAUUCAGUUAUACAAAGUACCGAAGUUUUCUGUGACAUUAAAUUUUCUUUAUUUCUCUCUAGAAACGGACCCAAAAUCCCAAAUGCAUUAAUAGUAAUAUAUUGAGUACUAUUAGUUUCAUUUUUGUUUAUCAUCUUCUCCGGUGUAUAAUCGGCCCCUCUCUAUUGGUCGAACCAGCUACUAUUAAAAAUUUGGGAUGAUAUAAGUCGAAUAUUAUUGUAGUUUGAUAAGACGUGACAAAAGAAAAUUUGCAGAAUCA